AUGUUUCGAAAACGAACCGGCGAUAUCGGAUCGAUUCCGCAAUAUCUGAAGCGUCGAUCAAGAUCGUCGGCCCGAAGGGGAAAGACGUGGAGCAUUGAGGAACUAGAAAAUUUCCACGAUAUUCGAAUAACUGCUGAACAUGAGAAGACGACACUUCUGGAGAAUUACUAUGGAAGGCCUUCGAUGGAAAUCCGGAUAACUGAAGCUUUUCCGGAGUCGCAUGAAGUCGUUACAUGCUCGUCGCCAAUUUCCGAAUUUUCGAAGCUGCCAAAAGUGAUUUCCGCGAUUAGUUCAGCAGUUGCAAUGGGCUCUUUUGUGAAUUUACCUUAUGCGAAAAUUCCGGGCGAAUUGUACAAAUUUCUGAGGGUUUAUGAACAGAAGUCAUCGAUGCGUUUGAUUGCUCAUCCGAUAACUCGCCGGAAAUUCGAAGACGACGAAUUGCGCACCGAAUUGAGUUUUCUGAAUUGCAUGCUAAUGUACAGGAGCAAGUCCAAGUUUCUCAUAUUCCAAAGUGUCGAUGAAAUCGUUCUUCCAAUUUUGGAGCGUGACUAUUUCAGCGAGUUUGCCAGGAUAUUUCUCAAAGACGAUUCUCAGAAUGUUUUGGAAUACAACGCGAGAAUAGCUGCAACCGACGCGUUGAAUCCGUCUGAAGCACUUCACGAUGCACCGAUUCUGAUAAAAAACUCACGAAUCGCGCUAGUGCUUCGAACACCAUUAGAAGAAUUGGAAUCAAAAAUAUCGCAUCAAAUGUACACCACGAAGCUCAACAACACUCAACUAAGUGAUCAAAGUGUGGCGAAAAUCAAGAAUUCGUUUUCGGAUUCUUUCAAAUCAUCUCGAAUUGCAUUCAGGAAACUCGGCGAAUGUUUUCUGACCGAGCUUUUAUGGAAAUGCCCAUCCGGCAAAUGUGUCGAUGCUCGAUGCCGGCAUGCGAGUAUUCAUGGAAUGUAUUCCUACAACAUUCAUCAGUCAAUAUUCUUGCAAAUUGAUAGUUUCGAUUGUUAA